GGUGGACGCCGCAGUCCCUGGCGCCGGAGCCGCUGCAGCAUCCUCAGCGUCGGAACCUCCAGGCCGCUGCCCUUCUCCAGCCCUUCUUCCUCCUGCGGCCGGCGCGAUGGCGAAGCCGCUAACGGACAGCGAGAGGCGGAAACAGAUCAGCGUGCGCGGCCUGGCGGGGCUGGGCGACGUGGCCGAGGUGCGGAAGAGCUUCAACCGGCACCUACACUUCACGUUGGUCAAGGACCGCAACGUGGCCACGCCCCGCGACUACUUCUUCGCGCUGGCGCACACGGUGCGCGACCACCUGGUGGGCCGCUGGAUCCGCACGCAGCAGCACUACUAUGAGAAGGACCCUAUUCGCAUUUAUUACCUUUCCCUGGAGUUCUACAUGGGCCGUACGCUGCAGAACACGAUGGUGAACCUGGGCCUUCAGAACGCUUGUGACGAAGCCAUCUAUCAGCUGGGAUUAGACUUGGAAGAGCUUGAGGAGAUAGAAGAAGAUGCUGGCCUUGGGAACGGAGGCCUGGGAAGAUUGGCGGCCUGUUUCCUGGACUCGAUGGCUACCUUGGGCCUGGCAGCGUAUGGCUAUGGAAUCCGCUAUGAAUUUGGGAUUUUUAACCAGAAGAUUGUCAAUGGAUGGCAGGUGGAGGAGGCAGAUGACUGGCUGCGCUACGGCAACCCUUGGGAGAAAGCGCGGCCUGAGUAUAUGCUUCCUGUGCACUUCUAUGGGCGCAUUGAGCACACCCCUGAUGGUGUAAAGUGGUUGGACACGCAGGUGGUGCUGGCCAUGCCCUACGACACCCCGGUGCCCGGCUACAAGAACAACACCGUCAACACCAUGCGACUGUGGUCUGCCAAGGCACCCAACGACUUCAAGCUGCAGGACUUCAACGUUGGGGAUUACAUUGAGGCGGUCCUGGACCGGAACUUGGCUGAGAACAUCUCCCGAGUCCUGUAUCCAAAUGACAACUUCUUCGAGGGGAAGGAGCUGCGGCUGAAGCAGGAGUACUUCGUGGUGGCUGCCACCCUUCAGGACAUCAUCCGCCGCUUCAAGUCCUCCAAGUUUGGCUGCCGCGACCCCGUGAGAACCUGUUUUGAGACGUUUCCAGACAAGGUGGCCAUCCAGCUAAAUGACACCCACCCCGCCCUCUCCAUCCCUGAGCUCAUGCGGAUCCUGGUGGACGUGGAGAAGGUAGACUGGGACAAGGCCUGGGAGAUCACCAAGAAGACCUGUGCCUACACCAACCACACGGUGCUGCCUGAGGCCUUGGAGCGCUGGCCCGUGUCCAUGUUUGAGAAGCUGCUGCCACGGCACUUGGACAUCAUCUAUGCCAUCAACCAGCAGCACCUGGACCAUGUGGCUGCGCUGUUUCCUGGGGACGUGGACCGCUUGAGGAGGAUGUCUGUCAUCGAGGAGGGGGACUGCAAGCGGAUCAACAUGGCACACCUGUGUGUGAUCGGCUCACACGCUAUCAACGGCGUGGCCAGGAUCCACUCGGAAAUCGUGAAGCAGACUGUCUUUAAGGAUUUUUAUGAGCUGGAGCCAGAGAAGUUCCAGAAUAAGACGAACGGCAUCACACCCCGCCGGUGGCUGCUGCUGUGCAACCCGGGGUUAGCGGAGACCAUUGUGGAGAAAAUCGGGGAGGGAUUUCUGACUGACCUGAGCCAGCUGAAGAAGCUGCUGCCACUGGUCAGCGAUGAGGCGUUCAUCAGGGAUGUGGCCAAAGUUAAGCAGGAAAACAAGCUGAAGUUCGCAGCCUUCCUGGAGAAGGAGUACAAGGUGAAGGUCAACCCUGCCUCUAUGUUCGACGUGCACGUGAAGCGAAUCCAUGAGUACAAGCGGCAGCUGCUCAACUGCCUGCAUACCAUUGCGCUAUACAACCGAAUCAAGAAAGACCCGGCCAAGGCCAUGGUGCCCAGGACUGUCAUGAUCGGAGGCAAGGCAGCACCGGGUUACCACAUGGCCAAGAUGAUCAUCAAGUUGGUCACGUCCAUCGGCGAUGUCGUCAACAAUGAUCCAGUUGUGGGUGACAGGCUCAAAGUGAUCUUCCUGGAGAACUACCGUGUGUCCUUGGCUGAGAAAGUGAUCCCGGCCGCCGACCUGUCACAGCAGAUCUCCACAGCGGGCACUGAAGCUUCAGGCACUGGCAACAUGAAAUUCAUGCUCAACGGGGCACUCACCAUCGGCACCAUGGAUGGUGCCAAUGUGGAGAUGGCCGAGGAGGCUGGGACUGAGAACCUCUUCAUCUUUGGCAUGCGGGUGGAGGAUGUCGAGGCCCUGGACCGCAAAGGGUACAAUGCCAAGGAGUAUUACGACCACCUACCUGAGCUGAGGCAGGCCGUGGACCAGAUCGGCAGUGGCUUCUUCUCUCCCAAGGAUCCAGACUGCUUCAGGGACAUUGUGAACAUGCUCAUGUACCACGACAGGUUCAAGGUGUUUGCAGACUACAAGGCCUACAUGCAGUGCCAGGCCCAGGUGGACCAGCUGUACCGGGACCCCAAGGAGUGGACCAAGAAGGUCAUCAAGAACAUUGCUUGCUCAGGCAAGUUCUCCAGCGACCGGACCAUCACUGAGUACGCACGGGACAUCUGGGGCGCGGAGCCCUCCGACCUGCAGAUCCCACCCCCCAAUAUUCCCCGGGACUAGGCGCCCCUGGGCCGUGGGCGCUUCCCUGCUGCCUCAGCACCUCGCAGUUGUCAAGCACUUUCCCGCAGCCAGUGGUCCCUCCCUUUCUCAGUGCCAUGUUUCCAGGAGGGGCUGUGGGAUCGAGGGUGGUCUUAGGGGUUGGCAGGAAGGGAGGCACGAGGGCUGCGUGUCUUUCUCCAACAUCCUGCAGCGGCCGACGGUAUUGGCUGCCUUGCCGAUGGUCACCACCUGCUCCCAUCUCCCCACACUGCCCCCACCCCCGCCCAGCUCCCCAAGCCCUGGCCUGCACAUACUGUGAGCCUGUGUCUAUAGUUUUGAACCUCUGGGACUUGGGAUCUGGGCAGGUGGCUGUGAUGAGACCUGGGGAAGUAGGUUUCCAAAGUCCCUGGGCUGCCAACCACAGGGUGGGACCAGUCCUGUGUGGCCUGUCCUCCCUGCCCAGCUCUGCCCUCUGGCCAUGCCGGAGGGGUUAGGUCCUCUGGGCAUUGUCCUCACAGCUCCCUGUCCUCCCCUGUCCUGGGCUCUGUUCCUGAUGUUUGGGUCAAGGACCCAGAUGGCGCCUGCCCUUUGUAGCCUGGGAGGACACUGGGGAGGGCAGCUGUGUCUGGUGCCUCGGAGGCCCUGAUCAGGACAAGGCUGGAGGAUGCUGUUUAGCUUGGUUUUGCUUAUUCAAAAGAGAAAAUAACCACAUGGAAAAGAAAGUAGCUAAAAUCUCUUCCUUUUUGAGCAGCUACAAGUUGUGCUUGGUCAGUGUGGUGUUGGGGGUGCCUUUGCCUGGCUGGCGGCUGGUCUGUGAUUGUCCUGCUGUCCUGGGAGCCUGGGGCAGGGCUGUCGUUCCCAGCAGGUCAUGCCCUCCCCACCAUACCAUGUGUCCUGGGGUGCGUUUUCUGUUGUACACACAAGGGAUCCAUGUCCCUUCCUUUCCUCAUCUGGAAAAAAGGCCAAGUGGGUCCAGGGGAACCCAUUUCCAUGCUGCUUGGACAGCAGCCCAGUGCUAGGAGGCAGGGCUGAGCCCCCUGGACUCAUUCCCUGAGGCGCAUUCCAGGACAGACCUGCCUGGUACUGAUUGAGAGAGAAGCUGCUGCCCUUUACUGGGAGCUGAGGGAGAACUCAGAUGGAACCACUCUUCUGGAAGCUUCCACCACCAUGCAUGCUAGACCUGGGCCUUGCUGGAAGCUCCUCUUCGCCCCAGGCUGCAGUGCCUGCCUGGAGGGUUUGCUCACAGAGCACAGUCCACCAGGACCCCUGGGCUGCCUCUUGAAUGGGGGCAAGGCCUCGGCUUUGGGCAUGCCUACAGGUGCCCCUUUGCAGCACUCUGUGCACAAGGCUGCACUCCCCGCGCUGGCCCUGUGUGACCGCCACUGUGACUGCCACUGUACCACUCGCUGUUACUGCGUCGUGUGAGACACUGAUUAAACCUUUAUGCCUGUG